AAACUUCAGUAGAUCGUAAUUAUAAUUUUCAACAAUCAUUAAAUAUUGUUAGUAUAAUUUGUCAAUCAAUUCAAUUAUCUAUUAGUUCAACAGCUGAUUUUCGAAUAAUGACAACGGAUGAGCAAUGGUCUCUUAUUCAACGCAAUAUGCGUGGUAUUUGGGCAUUUUAUUGUAUGGUUAUAUGUUAUCAAUGUAAUCUAUUUCAUAAUACAGCUAGUAAAAGUAUAAUGAGACCACUUUAUACAUCUGAUGAUGUUGAAUAUGUAAAAUCGAUUACAAUGAGACUUGAUCCUGAUGAAACACUUAUUAAACUUAUGCUUAUGGUAUUAAGUUUUUCUUCAAAUUGUUUUGCUGUAACUGAAGAUCAUAAUAUAAAACGAGAUAGUCUAUUAACGGGUACUUUUCGUUUAUUUGGAAGUCAAAAUGUAUAUGUUGAAGUGAUGUGGAAAUAUAUGGUAUAUCGAUAUGGAUAUUUUGAAUCAGCAAAACGUUUUUGUGAACUUAUUAAAAUUAUGCUCGAUGAAAUCAAACUUGCAUCAAUUAUCUAUGACGAUAAUAAAAUUCAUCAUGCAUUAGUAGAUAAGAUUGCUGAUGAUAUCAAACAAACAAUAAAUAUUGAUGGUAGUGAAAACAUUCCACUAUGGGGUAAAACUGAAAUUUAA